GCCGUCGCGGAGCCUCCCGCCCGGCUGCCCGUGGCUGUUCGCGCCGUGGCCGCCGCCGCGCCGCGGGUCAGCACGUGCGCGGCCCCCGCCUCCCAGCAGCGCGGAACCCCAGUUCCGACCCCGCAGAGCGCAGCGCCCUCCUGGCGGCGGCGCGAUGCUGUGCUUCCUGAGGGGAAUGGCCUUCAUCCCCUUCCUCCUGGUGACCUGGUCGCCCGCCGCCUUCAUCGUCUCCUACGUGGUCGCCGUGCUCUCCGGGCACGUCAACCCCUUCCUCCCCUACAUCAGUGAUACAGGAACAACACCUCCAGAGAGUGGUAUUUUUGGAUUUAUGAUAAACUUCUCUGCAUUUCUUGGUGCAGCCACGAUGUACACAAGAUAUAAAAUAGUAGAGAAGCAAAACCAAACCAGCUAUUUCAGCACUCCUGUUUUUAACUUGGUGUCGUUAGUUCUAGGAUUGGUGGGAUGCAUCGGAAUGGGCAUUGUAGCCAAUUUCCAGGAGUUAGCUGUCCCCGUGGUACACGACGGCGGUGCCCUUUUGGCGUUUGUCUGCGGUGUUGUGUACACGCUCCUGCAAUCCAUCAUCUCUUACAAAUCGUGUCCCCAGUGGAACAGCCUUUCCACAUGCCGCAUACGGAUGGCCAUCUCUGCCGUUUCCUCCGCAGCCGUCAUCCCCAUGAUUGCCUGUGCUUCGUUAAUUUCUAUAACCAAGCUGGAGUGGAAUCCAAAAGAAAAGGAUUAUGUAUAUCAUGUAGUGAGUGCGAUCUGUGAAUGGACAGUGGCCUUUGGUUUUAUUUUCUACUUUCUAACAUUCAUCUACGAUUUCCAGAGUGUCACCCUAAGGAUAUCCACAGAAAUCAAUGGUGAUGUUUGAAGAAAGGAGAAUUCAAUCUCACUCAAUGAAAGUGGCAGACAAUUUCUAGAAGUGGUACAGAGGAUAGACAGGGUUUUAACACCGCCCUGCGUGGAAUUCAUCUGCAGCACAUCCAGGACUUGAAUUUCUUUAAGAAUUCCCAAUAGUUGUACUAUU